AUGUGGUCGAAGGCAGUCAUCGCCUCGUUCAACGCCAUUCCUCAGAAUGCAUGUGACAGCGAUUAUUUUGGUCCCUACAACAAGCUUCUUCAUACACUCUUUCCUCCUGACAGUGAUUUCGCAGUCGGGCCCGUGUUCUUCCGGGAUUCCCGGCAGGCUCCUGUCACCGCCGUGUUCGAAAUCUAUCUGGUGGACAAACCGGUUUUAAUCCUGGAGUUGAGGGUUCCAAGCUAUCUCGAUCUUCCGUCAACGCGUCAGGUGGUGGAUGAGGAGAUCAGAAGUCGCAUGAACGGCAUGGUUUCUGCCUGCCCCUUAGAGACACUCCAUGCCAUCAGCGCGCUGGGCACGAAGUUGUGCUUUUACAGUCUCAAUACACGGAACAGGUCUGCACAGAUUGUGCCCGCCGCCAUCCCUCGCCACCCUACCGAGAUGAACGAUACUGCGCCUGCCGACCAUUGGAACUAUGACAUCUUGGAACCUGCUGGAGAAGAACGAUUGCGUCUCAUUGUAAAACAGAUCAUGGACGGGUGUGCGGCUCUUAAUGUGUAA